UCAGGGUAAAGACUGAUUUUGCAUCGGAGGUUUUAUUGUACAACUUUCUAAAGCAGCAAAUUCUACGCAUGACCUACCCAGAGUUCAAGGUGCUCCUAGAUACCGUCCAUCAGGUGCCCCUCACUCAGAUUGACGAGAGUCUGCUCCCCCUGCUCAGUAAUGGUAUCUCCUGGUACGAGGGCCUGCUUCGGUUCCUCAGGGCCAAGUUCAGCAUGAUGACUAGAUUCUUCACCAGCGAGGAUGGACUAGUCACCCACCUGGCCUUAGUCAACCCCAACCACACUGACAUGAUGGUCCUACUGACGGUGGAUAAACAAGCAAACAUGUCGGAACUUGUGGCAUUGUAUCGCGAGGAUCCUCAAGAGCUCGGCGAGGCCUCCGUGUCUGGAGGUCAGCAGGCGAUGGCCACACAGCGGCAGGUGGAAAUCGUGGUCAACGCCGUGGCCUACUACAUGUGGACAACCAUAACAUGAGCACGGACCACAGGGGUCCAAUUCGACAGGUGGAAAUCGUGGUUAUCGCCUCGGCCUAUUACAUGUGGACAACCAUAACAUGAGCACAGACCA